AUGGAAAUAAUUAUAAAUAGAAAUGAAAUUAAUUUUGAUAAUAAUAAUAAUAAUAAUAAUAAUAGUAAUAAUAAUAAUAAUUUAAAUAAUAAUAAUAAUAAUAAUAAAAAUAAUAAUAAAAAUAAUUUAAAUGAUAAUGAUAAUAAUAGUAAUAAUAGUAAUAAUAAUAAUAAUAAUAAUAAAAGAUUUAAAUUUCAAAAUAAACCUAUUAUAGUAUUACCAAUUUAUUUACAACGUUUUAUUUUAAAAAUUAUGAUUAGUGAAGUUUGUAGAAAAGAUAAGAAUCAAGAUUACUAUAAAUCAAUUUCAUCUGAAAAAAGAUAUAAAUGUAAAUUAAUUAAUUUUGCAUUAACAUGUAAAGAAUGGUUUAAAACAAUUUCAAAGAAUUUUUUCGUUGCAAAUGAUUUUUCAAUUUUAAAUUCAAAUUAUAAUUCAAAUUCCAAGUAUUCAUUAUUGAAAAUUGAAAAUAUUAGAGUUUUAAGAUUAACACAAAUUUACUCAAAAGAGUAUUGUUUAAAAAUUCAACAACAAUUAUUACCAAAAUUAGAAAAUCUUAAAAAAGUUAUUCUAACAAGUACAUUCACCAAUACAGAUGAUAAAUGGUACAGUUUUGGUAACGAUAUUCCUUUAAUUCAAAAUUAUAAAAUUGACAUAAAUGUUGAUAUUCAUGAUAUUUAUGAAAUUCAAGAUAAUAUAAUACUAAACCAACCACAACAAAGUAGUAUAAAUACUAAUAUUAAUUUAAAUGUUUCACUUUUAAAUAUUUGGUCUGAUUUUGAUGAGGAAUGUGAAUUGGUUGCAUUAAACUAUAUAAAUUAUUUUAAACCUAAAAAGUUAUUAUUAUUUCCAACCACAAAUAUAAUCCAAUUUUCAAAAGGUUACGAACUUUUUAAUAAUUGUUUAUUAUCAUUCAAAGAAUUAAAUUAUUAUGAACCAAUUACAAUUGAUGAAUUAUAUCAUUUAUUAAAAUCUUCUCCAAAAAUUAAAUAUUUAUCAUUUCAAAUUUGUUUUGAUACAUUAAUUUAUUAUUUAAGCGGUAAUAAUAAUAAUAAUAAUAAUAAUAAUAAUAAUAAUAAUAGUAAUGAUGCUAAUGCUAAUGGUACAACAUGUUGUACUUGUAAUACAUCAAGAUCAAUUCAAGAAUUUAAUGAGAAAUGGUUAUUUAUUUAUAAUACAAUUUUAAAUCAUAAAUAUUUAACAUCAUUAUCCAUUACACAUCGUUGUCCUGAAAGUUUUGAAUUGAAUCAGUUUUAUACUGGUUCUUAUCAAUCAAGUUCAACAUCGAUAUCGAGGGAAUUUAUUGAGAAUUUCGGUUCAAUGAUUUUAAAUAAUCAAUCAAUAAAGUCAUUAAGAUUAUCUGGAUUUCAUACACCUUCACUAUUUGAAUAUGUUAUGGCAAAUAAAAGAAUAAUAAAGUAUAAAUCGGAAUUCAUUGAUACUUUAAAUAAUUCAAAAUAUUAUAUUGACACAAUUAGUAAUUUAUUAAAAAUUAAUCCAACAAUUAUUAAAUUUCAUUUACAUGAAAUUAGUUUCACUGGUGAUUAUAUAAGGAAAAACUAUUUAACAUUUAAAUGUUUUUAUAAUAAAUCAAUUAAAAAUUAA